ACGAAACUAGAGGAAGGGACAAAUUUGCUCCGACCCCGGGAAAAUUGGUAAUUGCAGAAAACCUGAGUCACUACAAUAAUCAGUGUCGGUGUUUCUCUCUCUGUGUCACCGUCACUCUCAUCUUCCAAUUGGGAGAGAAGAUAAAUGCGUAACCCAGCUGAGCUCUGCAACAUUCACCUCUCUCUCUGACUUUACAACUACGAUUCUUUCGUUCAUUCAUUCAUAUAUGAGAUGGUUAGGCCCUCUGCGAAGCACACAUCGGCUCGCUUGGUGUUGAUAUGCGUUGGCCUACUGGGGCUUGCUCUGAUUGCUGAGUUCCUCUGGGCUUCCUCGCCUCGUUUUGCUAAUUCCUAUAUCUCCAUUGCCUCCAAUUGGGCUCCUCCCCUUGAUAUUUCAAAACCCAGUCUGAUCCUCACACCCAAGAAGACUGACGAUGAGGUACCCGAAAAGGGAAAUCAUAAAAAUGAUACUGCUCAUGGGAGAGUUUUAUCAGCAACUUUUGCUGAUUUGCCUGGACCAGAAUUAAAAUGGGAAAAUAUGGCUGCCGCACCUGUAGCUCGCUUGGAUGGGGCGGCUAUACAGAUAAAGAAUCUUCUAUUCGUGUUUGCUGGAUACGGUACCAUUGAUUAUGUACAUUCACAUGUUGAUAUCUACAAUUUCAGUGAUAAUACAUGGGGAGGAAGAUUUGAUAUGCCAAAAGAAAUGGCACAUUCACAUCUGGGAAUGGUAACUGAUGGAAGGUACAUAUACAUUGUCACAGGACAGUAUGGGCCACAGUGCAGAGGGCCCACUGCCCACACAUUCGUGCUUGAUACUGAGACAAAGCAGUGGCGGGACAUGCCUCCUUUACCAGUUCCUAGGUAUGCACCAGCAACUCAACUUUGGAGAGGUAGACUUCAUGUAAUGGGUGGUAGCAAGGAGAAUCGAUAUACACCUGGAGUAGAUCAUUGGAGUCUUGCUGUUAAAGAUGGAAAAGCAUUAGAAAAGGAAUGGAGGACUGAAAUGCCUAUUCCCAGGGGUGGACCUCAUAGGGCUUGUAUAGUUGUUGAUGAUCGUCUUUAUCUUAUUGGUGGUCAAGAGGGUGAUUUCAUGGCCAAACCUGGAUCACCUAUUUUCAAGUGCUCUCGCAGGAAUGAGGUUGUAUAUGGUGAUGUUUACAUGCUAGAUGACGAAAUGAAGUGGAAAGUGUUACCUCCCAUGCCUAAACCAGAUUCCCAUAUCGAAUUUGCUUGGGUUGUUGUUAACAAUUCUGUUGUUAUUGUUGGAGGCACAACAGAGAAGCACCCUGUAACUAAGAAGAUGACUUUGGUUGGAGAAAUAUUCCAGUUUAACUUGAAUACACUGAACUGGUCAGUUCUUGGGAAACUGCCAUUUCGAGUUAAAACCACCCUAGUUGGCUUCUGGAAUGGGUGGUUGUAUUUUACAUCAGGGCAGCGAGACAAAGGACCAGAGAAUCCAGCACCAAAGAAGGUCAUCGGAGAGUUGCGGAGAACGAAGUUAAAAUUGAGCUCGUGAUUGGUUCAUGCUGGUUCUUUUGUAGGAUUGUUUUCUGCCAGUACAACCAUUCGUCAUCUGGUAACAAACGCAAAUUCAAAUCUAAUUGUGUUUUUUAGAAAAUUUAAUUAUUUAUUUUCUGGAUUAGAAAUACUUCUUCCCUACUGCAGUGGGAAUGAAAUGGAAAAAUCACCUACUUAGAGAAAAUCUUGUGGACAGAUUCUAUUGCUGUAAUUCUCAUUGUUGUGGACAUAUAUAGCCUGGUUAUG